AUGCCCGAACUCACCCACAAUUCACCUAUCUUGAUCGUCGGCGGAGGCACAUGGGGCUGCAGCAUCUCCCUCGAGCUGGCGCGGCGGGGUUAUCAAGACGUCACAGUGCUGGACGCGUACCCGAUCCCUGCGCCCAUCUCAGCUGGCAAUGACCUCAACAAAAUAAUCGAAGAAGACUCGCCAUCGGUGUCGGACUCGGAUGAGAGUUAUGUCUGGAACCGGAUGCAUCAACUGGCCACCAAAUCGUGGAAGACCGACUCGGUUUAUCAGCCAUUUUACCAUCCUACUGGGUUUGUUAUGGCCGCUUCUCAGGAUGAUGCUCGCCAUCAAAUUGAUGCAUACAUGAGCUCGUGCAGAGACAAGAUGCGAUUGCUCUCAUCGCCCGCCGAAUUCCAAAACACCAUGCCCGAUGGUAUCUUGACCGGAUCAUUUCCCAACUGGAAAGGAGUUUUCCGAGAAGAAGGUGCCGGGUGGGUAUUUGCACGCGGGGCUUUGGAGGCUGUUCGCCAUGAAGCAGCACAGCUCGGAGUGCGAUUUUUAACUGGCGCAAUCAAAGGCAACGUCCAACGCUUGCUUUACUCAUCAAAUGAUAUUAUUGGAGCCCAGACUGCUGAGGGGAGGGAGCAUAGAGCAGAUCGCACUAUUCUCUGCGCCGGUGCGAAUAGUGACCAGCUUUUUGACUUUGAGAGACAACUUCGGCCAACGGCCUGGACGCUGGCGCAUAUACAGAUGACUGAGACCGAACGGACACUGUGGAAGGAGCUGCCGGUUCUUUUCAAUUCAAAUCUAGGGUUCUUUAUUGAGCCCGAUGCCCAAAAUGGAGAACUUAAGAUUAUCGACGAGCACCCUGGGUAUUGCAACUUUGUUAAAGACCCUAAAACAGGCGAUGAAAAGUCCAUUCCAUUUACUAAGAAGCAAAUUCCUGUCCAAUCGGAACAAAAAGCGCGCCAAUUUCUGCGUGAAACUGUUCCCCAAAUAGCAGAUCGCCCGUUCUCAUUUGCACGUGUGUGUUGGGAUGCUGACACUCCCGACCGACAGUUCCUGAUCGACCAGCAUCCAAAGUACAAAUCUCUUGUAGUAGCAGUGGGCGGGUCCGGAAAUGGGUUCAUGAUGAUGCCCGCGGUGGGCACGGCUGUUGUGGAUCUUAUCGACGGGGUUAUCGAGUCGAGAUUGAAGCAUGCUUUUCGAUGGCGACCAGAAACAGCCGUGGGCAGAGAUUGGCAUGACACACAGCAUCGAUUCGGUGGAGACGGGACUGUAAGGGACUUUCAAAAAGUUUAUGAAUGGACUAAUAUUGGAGAGUCCGAGUAA